UCAGGUUCGUCGAGAGUUAGCAAUGGGCAUGGACGCUUAUCAACCACGAGAAAAUUGGCACCCUUAUGAUCCAAUGCUCAUAGCUGAAGGAGUCUUUGGAGCAGCCAAUAUCUUCAGUUUUCUGAAGAUGGUCCACAUUUUUUCUGUUAAUCAUCAUCUUGGACCAAUACAAAUCUCUCUCGGAAGAAUGGUCUAUGACAUCAUGAAAUUCUUCUUCAUUUACACUCUCGUUCUCUUUGCUUUCGGAUGUGGUAUGAACCAAAUGUUGUGGUACUACGCCGAGAUGGAUAAGAACAUCUGCUACAGUGGCCCAGGAGGGACUCCUAACCCGGAAGAGGAUAAGUCGUGCGACAUCUGGCGGCGGUUUGCUAACCUUUUCGAAACGUCGCAGAGUUUAUUCUGGGCAAGUUUUGGGUUAGUCGAGCUUGAAAGUUUCGAGCUGACAGGAGUGAAAAGUUACACACGGUUCUGGAGUUUGUUGAUGUUUGGUUGUUACUCGGUUAUCAACAUCGUCGUUCUUCUUAAUCUUCUCAUCGCCAUGAUGAAUCAUUCGUACGAGAUCAUUUCGGAACGAUCGGAUAUCGAGUGGAAGUUUGCUCGAAGCAAACUAUGGAUCAGUUACUUUGAAGACGGAGGAACGGUUCCACCCCCUUUCAACAUUAUCCCAACACCUAAAGCUUUCAAACACCUAUUUGGCUGCAGAUCUCGUGUUGGAACUUUGUCAGUCAAG